ACCAACCAAAUCACUUAAUUCCUUUGUUUUGCUGGAAAGAAACUCGACUCGAAAGCAGUUGUUGUGUUUUUGGCUCGCCCAUCAUUACAUGCAUACGUACAACACAUAAUCUUACUGCAGCUUAAUUGGUUACGUAAAGAGACCAAGUUGAGGAGAAGGAGAAGAAGUUGUAACAAGUAUUUACAUACAUAUGUACAUACAUACACUGCAUUUAAUAACGUGAUCAACAGUCUGCAUGCCCAUUACAAAAUUCACACACAUCUUGGCUUUUUGCCUCCUGGACACCAAGUACUUUUGUGGUGUAUGCAUUUUUUAAAAUCUAAAAGUGAGCUUGCAAUGUAACAGUGACACGUGACAGAAAGAAGGAGAAAAACCUGUUAUUAGUUAUCGCAGUGUUUGUGCUAAAAUUUGAGAAAAGAGUUAAAUUCAUAUAAAAAUAUUUGAACAUUUUACUCAAACCGUAAAAAACACACGAAGACAACACGAGGAAACCGAAUUGAGGUUGCAGUGUCGUGUUGCUCCGGCAGAAUUUAGGUCUUCUUAAUAACAAGUAAUUGGUUAUUGAUGGCACUUUAGUUGAGCUUUAAUUGGAUGAUAAAUCCUCUGAAAUUCAUGGACCAAGAUCUGCUCAACAUUAGACGGCGCAGUUCUACUAAUAAAUAGCGUACGUACAAGUACAAUAACAAUGAUCAAAUUGCAAUUCAACAGUACACAUCCCUGCUCCAGCGUGUACACACGCACUGUGUUGUGAUCAUCAUAAAGGAACAACAUAAACAUUUAUAAAAAAGCAAACUGCAAACUCCGUACAUUCAAAAGCACGAGUAGGUAUUAGUACAUCUUCGUACUAAUAGAUAAUCCUUCCUGUUCCAAAUUUUGGCCUGAAAUUAGUGCAGCGUCACAGUUUUGUAUUUCCUCUUCCAUCCAUACAAUUACCAAUUGAAUGCGUCGUGCGUCGUUUCUCUUUUAAUUUCAUCAAUGCGUGAAAGUUAAUAAUAAAACGUGUUUAAUGUGCAUGUUUACAUGUAUUCAAUUCUGCUUGUUAGGUUGUGACAUUACAUGGACCCAGCCCGCAGUUGAUAAGAUGAUCUUUAACCCAGAAAUUUUUAACUGGGUGAUAAACUGAGCGAAAUUGGAAUAAACAAACAGACACAUGUCUGCCUGACUAGAUGCAAAUAUAAGCUUCCUCUUCUCCUAAGCCCACUAUACCGCAUCCCAUAAAGGGAGAAUCCCUGCGUUUUUGCAAAAAGUUCAAAUAGUUCAAACCAGAGUUGAAAAAUUGUGGGGCGAUAUAUAACACUAAACGCCACGCCCGUCAUCCCGAGAGGAAGCUUGCAACUUACUGUGCACAUAAAAAAAGUCCAGGCGCAGUAUCCACCCAUUUUGGUCACCAACGCCUGAACCAGCAACCAAGAAACAUAACGGACUUAGUUUCCUCUUUCUGGAACGAGUUCUGAAACCGUGGUCACCUGCGCAAGAAGAUUUUCAGGUAGUGCCAAUUUCAUUCCACUCGGGAUUUUCUUGCUGAAUACACACACACACAAGCUAAACCCCAACGACUACAGCUUCGAAACGGAGCGAAGCAUCAAACAAACAAAGUUCACAGUUUCGGAGCAACUCUUAUCCCCUUACUUGCUCAUCUUUCAAACUUAUGCGAUCAGUCCCAAGUUGACAAGCGGAUCAGCAUCACGAAGUCUCCUGAAGUCACGCCGUUGUCCUGAGAAUCUUUCACUCCGAAUCACUAUAAACUGAUUGAUAUUGAGUGGUGGUGUUACCCUCAGUUGUGAAAUCCCAGUGAUUCGAAGUUCAAAUUUUGAACUAUAACUAAGAGAAUAAACUUCAAGUAUUUCAAACAUACUCGAGCUCCCCAGUUCAAUCAAAUACCAUGAAAUUCUCCUCUCAACUUUUCCAAUAUUCGUAUCCAGUAAUUCUCAUCGGCAGCUCUGGGGAUUCCAUUGCUUGAGACGCCUGGCAAAUCAGAGACCAAAUAUCACCUGAAAUACAUAUAUCUGAAGUCAAGUAUUACUUCGUGUGACCUUCAUCAUUAAAUCCUUUAUCCGCGCCCAGUAUCAAGAUGGAAGUUACUCAAAAGAUAUUGAAAACAGUCAUUAUUUUGUUUAUGUUGCAACACGAUGUGGAAUCUGUUGUAGCGUCCGAGUGGUCGUUGGCAGGUCCGGCGGAUGAGUAUGUGAUGGCCGUGAUAAAUAUUACCUAUAUUAAUCCUUUAACUGGAAAGCAGAAGCACCCAGAGUAUCAAGGAGCUGAGAUCGGAAAGUUUGGAAUGGGGAAAGUCGGUCCGGCCGUUGGCACUGUGGUGCAUGUGAGAUCUAGACGGACUGCGGAUGGCAAAGUCAACCACUACGGAUGUGAGCCUUUAGAUGGUCCUUUUCCAGAUCGACCAUGGAUCGCUCUGAUAAAGAGGGGAAAUUGUAACUUUGACCGAAAAUUAGAAAAUGCUCAAGCUCGCAACGCUGUUGCAAUGCUUGUCUACGAUCUUGAGGAUAGAGACACAUUAGAGAAAAUGGGUUUGAGCAACUGCAGAAAUUGCAGUAUUCCUGGAGUUUUUACCUACAAGAGAAUUGGAGAGGAAAUCGCAAAUGUCAGUGACAGCGGAAUCCUGGUGGAGAUGAUUAUUACCGUCGGAGAAACCUGUACUCGUCCUUAUAGCGGUAUUAAUCGUACAUCCGUUCUCUUUGUGUCAAUCUCCUUCAUCGUUCUGAUGAUCAUUUCGCUCGCGUGGCUAGUCUUUUACUAUGUGCAACGGUUCCGAUAUUUGCAUGCGAAGGAUCGCCUCGCUCAACGCUUGUGCAAUGCGGCGAAGAAGGCUUUAGCGAAAAUUCCUACAAGAAACGUAAAACUCACGGACAAGGAAAUUGCUGGCGAGGCAGAAUGUUGUGCUGUGUGUAUUGAAUUUUACGCGUCUGGUGAUGUGCUAAGAACUCUUCCGUGCCGACAUGAAUUCCACAAAGGCUGUGUCGACCCUUGGUUGCUAGAACAUCGUACGUGUCCUAUGUGCAAGAUGGACAUUCUCAAAUAUUAUGGUUUUAUUUUCACGGGAAGUCAAGAAUCCAUUCUUCAUUUAGACCUUGAAGAUGGCAAUCUUAAUUCGUCGGAUUCUCGCGACACGGACACGCCAACUCAUAACCAUCAAACUCAUCAAGUUCGUUACGCCGAGCCGGCUGAUACUCGAAACAUGAGUGAUAAUCCACAGUCAUCAAACUCGUCGUGCCCUAGUCGUCAGCAGCAACAGAACCAAACAGGUGAUGCGGCUAUUAGAAAACCUUCCUUGAUUUCUUUGACGGUCGUAGCUACCGAGUGCGACGGACCAAUCUCCCCGAUCUCUGGGAAAAGCGGGUAUGCAUAUGACUGCAAAUGCAGAUGUUUGUGCGACAAAGCAACAUCCACAAGGCUUUCCGAUGUUCAGCACCCGGUAUGUUACGUUCAUGAAGAAGCUGAAAUCGAAAGCCACCACAGUUUGGAAGAUUCUUCUUCAGAAAUGAGUGGAGUAGCUGCUUCCCACCAACCCCUCAUUCACAGAGAAGACUCAGGUCUUGCUCAUCAAAUUAAUGCAAAUCCUCAUCACCAAGUCGAUUCAAACUACAAGUCUCUGUCAACAAACAGUGGGGAAGAAUUGCAUCAUCCAGACUUUAUUGCUGCCGACUCUCAAAAUUCUGCAAGCCCGGAUGAAAUGACCACCCCUCCUCCAACCGCUACGCCAUAGUACCUAAUUAAUCAGACGGCGAUACUCAUCAGUAGAGUUGAUUGAGUUAUCGACAUAACAAAAAAAUCCAAGUAUAUGCAUAGUUUAGUCACCACCUGUUAAUUAUUUUUCCCAGCUAGUUUUGUAAUUCGUGGUACAUGCUAUUUUAAAUUUUCUGUUAAAAGUUGUACACGCUACCUGAGAGUCGCUAGAAAAAGUCAUAAAUAUCUAAACUUUACAAAUCAUUAUUGAUUCACAAGUUUUAAAUACUAGAGCUUGAUGUUACACACGAAUUUUCGUUAAAUGAGUCAUUUUCGCUGUAAUAUAAAUGUUGUUAUCAUCAUAAUCAUAAUCAUUAUCAACGUAAUGUCUUAUAUAUCGUACAUAUAUAUUUAAAUAUUUAACGUAAAUUUAGAAAAGUCAAUUUUUACACGUACGCAAUUAACAAUAUUAAUUUCGUCGUAAAAAAAAUCAUUAUUUGUACAUAUGUAGUUGCUCGUCAACCUUAAAAUCAUCAAAUAUUGCUGUGAUGUUAAAUUUCAGAGUGAGGCUUCAUUCGCAGUGAAUAACAAAGUAUCCGCAACAUAACCCAUCUAAAUGUUUUAAGCAGCUAUUAUAUUAGUCAAUAUUAAUUAUGAUUUUCUCUCAAUAGAGUACUUAUUACAACAAAAGCAUACAUGUGUAGAGCACCUUUUCUCCCGUAAUUUCAAUCUUCAGUCUAAAUGUAGCCGUAGCGUGUAUCCGAAAUCCGAAUGGGUUUUUGUACUGUUUAACAACUUAAAAUCUUUUAGCAUUCCAAGAAAUGAAGGAACGCUAACCGAUUCAGUUUUACAAAUUUUGCAGUGAAACUUGCUCAAAUUCCGGAAGAUGCACACUGGAUACAGUACACGCAUGGAUCGUUUAUCAUUUUUAUUAUUACUACUACACUAUUGUUAUUAUUUCUCAAUUUUUUGUACGCUUAUUUUGUUAUUGAGUUGAUCUAACCUUUAAAAUAUCGAUAUAUUUUACUUUGUCUGCGAAUUAUUAUUUGCAAAUGCGCAUAUAUCUAAAUACUACAUUCCAGUUUUAUUAUUUUGCUACAGCCUUUUACAAUUUGUUCUGAAUGUGUUUGAUUUAAAAUUCAAAUUGAAACUGUCCAGCUUUUUCUCACCUAACUUAUAUGUGUGCCUAUCAGAGAUGUCUUUUAGAUUAUCGAAUCAAUAGCCUAUAUAUCUAUAUAUGUAUCUAUAUAUCAACAUAGCAAAUCGUGGCCAUAUUUAAAACUCUGUUAAUUCUCUUCAUGAUUAAAUGAGUGUUAUGCGAAAUGAAAAAAAAUGAUCAUUGGUUAUAUAUUUAUGAAAUGAUGUUGUUUAGCUAGUCAAGAUUGACAGUUGUGUAACUUUUACGUUAACUGUUUGCAAAUUACAAUGCAAAUAAAACCAUUUAUGGGACUCUUAA